AUGAGUAACUCCUCUGCACUGCCCCUGAAUGCCACAUCCUCAGGCUGGGGCCGCUCACUAUGGUACCAGUUUGACGAGUGCUCAGUCGCUGCUUAUGGCUUCAUCUUUUAUUUUGGGGUGAAAGUGUUUAACCUGGCUGUGGGCUUCCCCACCAAUGUGCUGGUGAUGUGGCAGAUAGCCACACGUAAGACAGAGGGCACCACGUCUGACAUGUUUAUUUUCAACCUCGCUGUUGUGGAUGCCUUAUUCUGCCUGAUGACGCCCAUCGACCUGAUCAACCGGUUGUACCUGGAUGACGCGGACAUCUGGUACGCCCAGCGCUUCGCUUAUGGCAUCAAAGACAUGGCGCCGUUAUUCCUGACAUGUGUCUGCUUGGACAGGUACAUUGCUGUGGUCCAUCCCAUCGUGUUCACAGGAGUCCGCGACCGGCGCGUCCGGGCCGGGGUCUCGGCGGCGGUGUGGGGGCUGGUACUGGCGUACGCGCUGACCAAGAGCAUCCUGGGCGUGAUGAGCAUGAACGAGGUGUUCAGCAGCCUCAUCCUGUCCGCCUUCUCCAUCAUGGUCUUCUGCAACCUGUCCAUCAUCUGGGUGCUGCGCAGGAGUGUGGCGGGAAAGGAGCUCAUGAACCCCAUGAAGAAGAAGGCCUUCAAAAUGGUCAUCACCGUCCUGGCCAUCAUCGUAGUCAACUAUCUGCCGCCGGUGGCCUUGAUGCCCUUUGCUUCCACCUACUCGUUCGUGGACUUGCGCUGCAAGAUAAGCAUCUCCGUCUUCUCCAUCAUGGACCUCAGCAGCUCCAUCGAGCCGAUGCUCCACCUCUCCAAGAUGGAGAAACCUGCAUGCUGCUCCCAUGCUGCAAGAUGGAGAAACCUGCAUGCUGCAAGAUGGAGAAACCUGCAUGCUGGUUCCAGGAACAAGCCUGCCAACAUCAGUGUGUGA